GAGGCAUUAUGAGCAGAAUGGAUCUGUGGUUAGUCAACCUGGGUGCGUGACAGGUUCAGCUCAGCUCCUAAGACAUUCUUGAGGACAACAUGAAGAUGCUGCAGUUCGUUCUAACAUUUAUCACUUUAAUUGUGCAGGUGUCUGGAGGAGGUCAGUGGUGCUACUCUUCUCAGAACCCAGCUUGUGGGCCUGACCAUUGGAAGGACAUUAAUCACAACUGUGGAGGGGAUCAUCAAUCACCUAUUAACAUUGAAAAGGCCAAAGCAAAGAAAGAUAGCCACUUAGGUGACAUCACCUUCAAGGGUUAUGAUCAUGCCCCACCUGCUGAAUGGAAGCUUAUGAAUGAGGGACACUCAGUUAUGCUGAGCCUGUCUGGAGACAUAAGUAUCAGCGGUGCAAACUUACCCAACACAUACCGAGCCUUACAGUUCCAUUUCCAUUGGGGAAGUCCUACCAAAGAUGGAUCAGAACAUACAGUAGAUGGCAAGCAGUUUCCACUUGAGCUGCAUAUCGUUCAUAUGAAUGACAAAUACAGCAGUGUCACUGAAGCAAAGAAAGACCCUCAAGGAUUGGCUGUGCUAGGCAUACUGAUAACGGUGGGAGAAACAGAUAAUCCAAGUUAUAGUUCACUAGUGUCUGCUAUGAAGAAUAUAUCAUUAGAAGGGGACUAUGUACUGCUGACACCAACAUUUCCCUUGGAAAGUCUCCUCCCAGCUCAUGAGAAGUUGUCAAGCUACUACAGAUAUCAGGGUUCCCUCACAACUCCUGAUUGCUCACAGGCUGUCAUUUGGACAGUGUUUGAACAGCCAGUGACCAUCAGUAAGACACAGCAUCAAAUACUGACGGACACAGCUCAUUUCUCUGCUCAGGGAGAGACUCUUGUGAAGAUGAAGGACAAUUUCCGACCACCUCAGCCACUUAAGGGACGUCAAGUAUGGGCUUCCAGAGAUGCCACUGUGAGCUGCUCAUCUGGCCUGUGUGCUCCAGUAUUAACCCUGUGUAUGAUUAGCCUAACAGCCAGGAUAUUGCUGAAUUAGAAUAAUAUGGUAUCAUGUGCAGCGGUUUAUUUACUUAAGAAUUUCAUAAAGAUGAUUUGUGAGCGGAAUGAACUUGGAAAUACGUACAAGCACGGACUGAAUCACAUAAUAGAACAAGCUGGUGUGAUCACAGACAUUUCUUCCUGGAAACCCAACUAUUUAUGUCUCUGAAAUUACUGUAAAGGUUUCAGAACUGAUGGAGAAAC